UUGAUGGCAACGGGUGAAGGGGCCGGAGAGCCAUCUCGCUCUUUGUGGUUUGGGAGUAAAGGCGGGAAUCGAGGGAGGGAGAGGGAAAAGGCAAGGAGAGAGCGGCGUCGCUUUUCCUGAAGAGGCCAUGCCCUGACUCAUUCUUACAGGAGAGUCAGAAAAAGUGGUGAUGCAUUUCCAGUCUCCUGAUUUCCUCUUGCUGCUUUUGCAAUGAUCAAAUGCUUGCCUGAAGAAGUACAAGCCACUUUGCGGUCUGGAGUGGCCAUCAGCUCCUUGGGCCAGUGUGCUGAGGAGCUUGUCUUCAACAGUAUAGAUGCUAAAGCUACCUGCGUGGCUGUUAGAGUCGACUUGGAAACCUUUAAGGUCCAGGUGGUGGAUAAUGGCUGUGGUAUGGGAAGAGAAGAUAUCAGCAAGAUCGGGAAUAGAUAUUUUACUAGUAAGUGCGGUUCAUUGGAAGACCUGGAAAAUUUACGUUUUUAUGGUUUCCGUGGAGAAGCUUUGGCAAGCAUUGCAAACAUUGCCAGUAUCUUGGAAAUAUCAUCCAAAACGAGAAAAACAGCAACCAGUUUCUUGAAAAUGUUUCACAAUGGGAAAGGACUUGAAGUCUCUGAAACAGAAAUGAAUAGACCAUGUGCUGGAACAACUGUGACAGUAUACAACUUAUUCUAUAACUUACCUGUGCGGAGAAAGUGCAUGAACUCUAGUCUGGAACUGGAGAGAAUGAGGCAUAAAAUAGAGGCUAUUUCACUUAUCCAUCCUUCUGUCUCCUUUUCUUUAAGGAAUGAUACCGCCUGUUCCAUGGUGCUUCAGCUGUCCAAAACAAAAGACUUGUGCUCCCGGUUUUCUCAGAUUUAUAGUCUAAGCAAAUCACAGAAAUUGCGAGAAGUGAAAUAUAAAUCUGGAGGAUUUGAAAUCUAUGGUUUUAUCAGUACUGAAGGGCAUUACAAUAAAAAUAUUCAGUUUUUAUAUGUAAAUAAUAGACUGAUAUUAAAAACAAGGCUGCAUAAACUUAUUGAUUUUUUACUAAGAAAACAGAGUACUAUAUGUAAGACAAAAAAUGGAUCGUUGCAGUCAAGUCCUGCUCGUCACCGUUCUGGCUCAGAAGCCUAUGGAGUCUUUGUUAUCAAUGUGAAGUGUCAGUAUGAUGAAUACGAUGUGUGUUUGGAACCUGCAAAAACUCUAAUAGAGUUUCGCAAUUGGGCUGCUCUCCUAACUUGCGUUGAGGAAGGAAUAAAAGCAUUCUUGAAGCAAGAACAUCUAUAUAAUGAGCCGUCUGGCGAAGAUAUUAAAGAGUUUAAUGAAAACAAUGGAUUUUGUUUGACUAAUACUGCAGCUUUAGAGACAUGUAUCACAGAGGAGAAGGACAGGAAGGAGAGUUUUAAGAGAGCCUGUGAUAAUAUUGUGGAUUCUUAUGAAAUGUUUAAUCUGCAGUCAAAAUCUGUCAAAAGGAAAAUAGCUCUUGCAAAAACAUCAUCAGAUCACACAGAAUCUGUUCGCAAUGUGGGGAGAGUAGAUAUUUGUCCAGAUUUAACUGUUAGCAAUGAACCUAUUGAACUUAGAAGCAGUAAAGUAGACAAUCUUUUGACUAAUAAAAAUGGAACCACACCAGAUCUCCCUGAAUUGAAUAAUCAACAGGAAGAGUCAGGCAGGUCUGUUAAACCACGGAUUGAAGUAGAUAGUUUCAGGUCUCCAAAAGAACAUAGUGGGCAGGAUAGAUCAGUUGUGUUAGAAACAGACAAACAUACCAGUACCUCACUUUGCACUGAAAAAUGUGGUAAAGAUCAAAUUAAUCAACAAAAUAAAGUAUUUCAGAGAAAUGAGCUGAACUCUGCCAUAGUAGAACAUGUAAAAAUGGUGGGAGAUGUUAAUAAGUUUAUUUUGGAACAUGGUAUGAAAGAAAAAUACCAGGCAGUGAAAGAGGGCAGAGAACCUUCUAGAAGAUCCAAUACUAAUAGAGUAGAAGUAAUGGAAGGGAGACCGAUGAAGCUGUGUUCCACUGGCCUUGUAACACACUUGGUACAAAAUCAGAAAACACAUAACUCAAUGGAAAGAAACAAUCUUUUGAGCAGACAGUCUAAAUUAGGGCCACUAAGUGCAAAAGAUAUAUUUGAAAAUAGACUAGGAUUUUUGGCACAGAUUCCAAAUAGUCAACAACAUUUAAAAAUAACAAAUACAGAAAGUACUAAUGCGUGCAUAUCAGAGCUAAAGAAUAAUGUAUCUUCAAUUCUUGUAGAUGAUAGUAUGGACUUUGGGCCAUCAUACAAUGAAGAAUUUAGUUCUGUGAGUUCUUCAGGUUCAGUUCAUAUAUCUAGUACAACUAAGCAUAGGCAAAUGACUGAACGUUCACUUAAGCCAAGAUCCUCUGGUUUUACAAAAUUAAGCUUGCAUCGAAAGCUGGGCUCAUUGGAUAGAUUUAAGAGACAUUAUGGAAAUAUAAAAAGCACGUCACCAAUACCUGAUGUGGAAAAGAGGAAUGAGGACGAGGUACCAGUCUGUUACAGGUCUCUUCAUGAUGAGACUACAGAUAAUCAAAAUUUCAGCAUUUGUGAAGGUCCUAGCAAGCAUGCUGUUUCCAGUAAUGGUGUCCGUGAUUGCUUGCUUUCCUUUAAGAAGUCUCAGUAUUGCAUGGGAAAAAAGAUAUUAAGUGAAAAAGCUUUAAAUAUAAGUCCUAUAAAACUGACAGAUUCCUUGCAAAUCGGAAAGAAAAAUAUUUCUGACACUCUGGUAACAGGAACACUUGCUUUUAAAUUAUCUCAAAUGAAGAAAAGUCUUAAAAGGCCCACAGGGUCACUUUUAGAAGUAUCUCAAGCAUGCUCAAUUCAAAAUGAUGAAGACAGAUGGAAACUGUCAACACAAAAUAAUAUUUUGCAGCAAGUUUGCCAAAUUCCUCAGUUUUCCCUAGAAGAACAGACAAAGAGUUGCUCUUUUGCCUCAACUGCUGCACAACUUAAUGUCAUGGAAAGCCCAAGUAGAAGAUCAGAGGAUGCUGAAGAUACUUCGAGAUGUAAUUUCAUUGACACCGAUGGAGAAUAUAUGGUCUCACCAAACAGAAGUUUAACUAGUAUUAAUAGAGAGUUGGAUUCUGGAGCUUCCUAUGAAGCUAAAGGUAUUAUGAAUGAAUCUACAAAGCAAGCUGUGAAAUCCUAUGACUCUCAGUGUAUCACUGUGUCCAGGAACUUAGAAAAUGCCACAGAUGAUCCAAAUGUAUACGAUAGUAAGACAUCACAAACACAAAAUUCUGAGUGGUUGAACCAGUUUGAUGCAUCAUUGGGCAAGACAGUAUACAUCAACCCAGUGACUGGACUCAGCACCUAUAAUGCUCCUCCCAAUGGGGACUCUCAAGCAGUAUGUACCAAGGAUAUAAGUACAAUGGCUGUAAAUGUCAUUGAGAAUAAUGGGUUUCAGUGCAGAUGCCACCCCUUUAGAAGUGAGCUUGUUAUGCCCUUCCUUCCAAGACCUCAGAAUGAGAGGAAUUUUGCAAGCCAAGAUUUCAGAGAUACUCCAGGAGAAUCUCUUCAGUCCCUGUUUUCAGAAUGGGAUAAUCCUGUUUUUGCUCACUGCCCAGAGCUAGCUGUUAAUGUGAGCAAUGGAGAGGCUGAUAAUCUUGCUGUGAAAAUCCAUAACAUCAUGUAUCCUUAUCGGUUCACCAAGAACAUGAUUGAUUCAAUGCAGGUUCUUAAUCAAGUGGACAAUAAAUUUAUUGCUUGUUUAAUCAACACAGAUGAAAAUGAAGAAGCAGUUCUCCAUGGAAACCUUCUUGUGCUUGUGGAUCAGCAUGCUGCUCAUGAGCGUGUCCGCCUUGAGCAACUAAUCACAGAUUCCUAUGAGAAGCAGUCUGAAACAUCGGGCAGGAAGAAAUUAUUAGCAUCCACUGUAUGUCCCCCCUUGGAGAUUGAGAUUACAGAAGAUCACCGGAGACUCUUGCGGUGCUGCCACAAAGGUCUGGAGGACCUAGGUCUUGAAUUAUUCUUUCCAGAGAACCAGCCUUCUCAGAUCCUUGUUGGGAAAGUGCCACUGUGUUUUGUGGAGAGAGAGGCCAAUGAAUUGCGCCGUGGAAGGCAGACAGUGGCAAAGAACAUUGUGCAGGAAUUCAUUCAAGAGCAAGCUGAGCUACUGCAAACAACAGGAGGAGCACAGGGAACAUUGCCACUGACAGUUUUGAAGGUACUUGCAUCCCAGGCUUGUCAUGGUGCUAUUAAGUUCAAUGACAACUUGACUUUUGAGGAUUGCUGCCGUCUUAUGGAGUCUUUGUCUUGCUGUCAGUUACCCUUCCAAUGUGCUCAUGGCAGACCCUCAAUGCUGCCUCUUGCGGAUGUAGAUCAUCUCCACCAGGAAAGCCAGGUGAGCCAGUGUGAAACUUGUCUAGGCAUAACCUGUUUUCUCCAUCACAGAUUUAAUGAGUUAUCUGUGUCUGCUUUUGGAGAUAGAUAUAUGAGAUAUAUAUAUACAUUGGAAACGGUUGUAUUUAUCUGUGAAAUACAACUAUUUUUCCAGUAGUGAAACAGGUGCAGUAAUGGGGCUGAUUCUUUUUCUAAAUUUAUUCAUUGUUAUAUACUAAUGUACAAUCACUUAGAAUUUGGGAUGGUGAACAAAGAUCACAUAAUAAAAUCAUCUGGGGUUUGAAUUGAUCAGAUCUAUACAGUAUCAUUGUAGACUUGUACACAACGUAGGUGCAUCUGAAAUUUUGGGCAAAGGAUUUUUUAUGGGUGCACUUCUGACCAUCUAUAAGUUAUACCUGAGUAUAAGGCGACCAAAAUCAUUUAUUGUUGUGUGUGUGUGUGUAUACACACACAGAUACUCUUCCUUUGAAUACAGUUAGUACUAGAAGUUUAUAGGCAAAAUGACUUGAUUGUUUUAAAGUAAGUGUCAUCUGGUCAUUAAUAUUUUAUUUUAUCCAGCCUAAACCUAACCUGGCCAAACUAAGGAGAAUGGUUAAAGCCUGGCAACAUUUUGGGAAAGAAAACAGUUCUGAGAAAACAUGAGACAGAUCUAACUUCAUUUAACACUGGUGUCACCAAACUGGUUGUGUUUGUACCAAUAUCUUUGGCACAUCGUUUGCUAUGAAAGCAAGCAUAAUGAGGAACUCCAGCAUUUUGAAAGCAGCAGAGAUCAGUGCUUCUCAAAUUCUUGAAAGAGUCUUGAGUAGUCUGUCUCAGGUCUGUUCUCGUAAAGAAAUUAGAAAAGAUUCGACCUGCACUAGAACUGUGUGUAUUUGCCUUUGAAAAACCGUUGUUAACACUCUCACCUAUUAUACUUGAAACUGGAAUAAGCAGUAACUAUGGAUUAAUUGAUUUCACAUAGAUGUAACAGUUGAUCAGUAUGAGGUAUGGAUUAUAUUUAAAUGCUGAUUAGUAACUGGGAAACUAGCAUAGAAAAGAGCUUCUAAUCAAAUUGGUAUAAAAAGCCAAAAGGAUCGUCAAUCUGAAUGCUUAUUCAAUGCUGCCAUCUCGUAGUAUGUAUUUUCUUAGCUUGCCUUAAAGUAUAAAGUAACCUCAAAAGUUACUGCAAGCAAAGUAAUAUUUGAUGGUACUUUAUAUUUCCAGGCAAGAUUCCAAUUUCCAUGUUAUAGCGGCAGUUGGGCUUGAACAGCUGACCUCUAGGUUUCUUAUCACUUGCUUUUGUAAGCAAAGUAAAUGAAUCAAAGAACUGUGUCCCCACAAUGAAUUUGCCAUAUGAAUUCAAGCAAUUUUUUCUAUAUUUAGGCCAUCACUAAAUUAUGGUCUUUGUACAUGUUAAUGUGGUGCUGCUCGGCUAGAACAUUCUCAGGAAUAAAUUAUUCUAUUUAAUACAGUUGACAGAACAGUUUUGCCUGUAGAAAUAAACAUGGGUCAAAGCAAUCUUUUUCAAAUAUAGUAAGAACAUGCUUCUUCA